UCCUGUGACUGUUCAGAGCAGUCCCUGCUCCAUCCUCGGAGUGCUGAACACACCAGGGCUCUGCAUCUCCUGCCCCCACAACUCCAGGUAUUUGGACCAGGAAAAAAAGGUUUUGACAUCUCCAGGCAGGGAUAAACAUGUCAAUCCUGGGGAGGCUGAGGAGCGGCUCUGCUGCCCUUGGGGCGCUCCUCUCUGCUGCUCUCAUUGUGUCCAUCCACGGUGACUGCGGUGCCCCGCCGCGUUUGGCAUCCGCGGAGCCCCGGCAGCUUCAGGAGGGCACCGAGGGGUUUUCUCCGGGCUCCGUGGUGCACUACGUGUGCCGGCCGGGAUUUGGGAGGAAUCCUCGCACCAGGGAUUCCUUUGUCUGUGCGGACGGGCGAUGGAGCGGACCCAGUGAUAUGUGCAAACUUUGUGCAGUGAUUCCCUGUCCCAUGUCCCACAGGUACAGACUGAUCGGACAUUCUGAGCUUCAGUGUGUGCUCAGAAACGGAGCUCUUACWUGGGACAGAGAUAUUCCCAUCUGUGACGCGAUUUCCUGCGCCCCACCUCCGGACAUUGAGAACGGGCAGCGCACUGGGAUGGACAAGGAGGGUUUUGUGUUUGGGGAUUCUGUCACCUACCGGUGCCACAGCGCCGAGAGGGGACACAGACCUUUCUCCCUGGUGGGAGAGGCCUCGAUUUUCUGCACAAGCAGGGAUGGUCUGAACGGAGUGUGGAGCAGCCCAGCCCCGGAAUGCAAAGUGGUGAGCUGUGGGCAGCCCAGAGUGGACAAUGGGAGGCUGCUGAGCGGGUACCGCUCCCAGUACAGCUACGGGGACAGAGUGGUGKUCGACUGCGAUUUCCGCCACAGCCUCAACGGCAGCGAGACCUCCACCUGCCAGGACAACAACCACUGGGAGCCCCCCSUGCCCGUCUGCCAGCGCAGCAGCUGUGAUGACCCCCCAGACGUGAGGAAYGCUGUCAAAGCCAGGCUGGCUGGGAACCUGUUCCCCGUGGGCACCGUGGUCACCUACGAGUGCCAGCAGGGUCACCGCUUCAGCUCCGGGGACACCGCGCACAACAUCCGCUGCCUCCCUGAAUUCGUGUGGAGCGAACCCCCAGCCCCGUGUGAGAGAAUUGUUUGCCCAGAUCCAGACAUCCCAAAUGGAAAAGCCUUGUACCCAUGGCAUGUGGAAGAUGUUUUUGAGUACGGGGACACACUGAAGGUGAUGUGCAACGAGGGAUUUGCUUUCAAAGAGCACAGCGGCAGCAGAGUCACCCUCCACUGCACCGAGGAUGGCAGCUGGAACCCCUCGGUGCCAGAGUGCAUUCCAGAACCACGCUGCCCAAAGCCAGAAGUCCCUCACGCAAAGGAGGUUUCCAAGAACAAGAGGGAUUACACGGUGGGGGCCGAGGUGAGGCUGCUGUGUGAGCAGGGCUACGGCCAGCGGGGUUCGGCGCUCAUCACCUGUGGGGAUGAUCUGAGCUGGCACCCCUCUCUGCCCUUCUGUGACCAAGUCUGUGGGCCCCCUCCAGCCAUCCUCUACGGGUACCACUCGGGCAGGGGUGGCACAGAGUUCCCCUAUGGUGCCAAGGUGACCUACAGAUGUGAGGAGGGGCUGUCCCUGAUCGGGGACGAGUCCAUCUACUGCACCUCGGAUGAUGGGAAGAGCCUGGUGUGGAGCGGGCCAGCCCCACAGUGCAGGGUGGUUCGCUGCCCCAAACCCGUGCUGGAGAGGGGCACCAUGACCCCACAGACGUUCACCUUUCCCUACGGGCUGCUGCUGAGCUUCUCCUGUGAGCGAGGCUUUGUUCUGCGCGGCACUGCCCAGAGCCGCUGCCAGGCCGAUGGCACCUGGGACCCACCCGUGCCCUCCUGCCAGCCAGUUCCGUGCCCACAGCCCCAAAUACCCUACGGGAGGCUGAGCAGCCCUUCAGGUGAUAAAUCGUGGUACCAGACCAACGAGACAGUCACCCUGGAGUGCCUCGAUGGCUUCCAGCUCUCAGAAAAUGCCAUGGAGGAUUCCUGGACAGCCACAUGCCUCCCUGAUGGCAGCUGGACACCGCUGCCCAAAUGUAAAAAAGAAGGCGAUGUCGAUGCUUGUCAGGAGGUUCAUUACAUUAAAUCCACCUUCGAAUGCGGUGUGCCUGUAGGAGAGGUGAAAACCCUGCUGGAAAUACAGAAACUCUUCCUGGAGAUCAAAAAACUAAARGUGGAGCUGGAGAACUGGAACGAACCUGGACCCGUGUAAAGCUCACCUUUCCUUCGGUGAAUUCUGUGCAGUCACAGCAUCUCUGAGAAGGCUCUGGCUGAUUUAUGGUUUAUGUUUGCAUGCCUGGAGCCAGAGAAACGAUCAGCAGUGCAUGGCAGGCUGCUGUGCCACGCUGGAUGCCAGAGCAGGGAGCGGGCUUUGCUCUAAUCUGCAAGCUUGAUUUGCUCUUUAACUAAUAAAGUUUCACAUUUCAUAUUAGGAACCCAAAAUUGUGAAUAAAACCCGGGCGCUGCACCCUCCUGGUGGGACCCCUCACUCCCCUGGGACUGCACACAGCGGUUUUACCUCCUUCUCCCACUUUGGCACCCAAAAUUGUGAAUAAAAGCCGGGUGCUGCUCCCUGGGUGUGCGACA